AAAAAAGAAAUCUUCAGUUUGAGAUUUCAGCCGCCGUUUGGCUUCCCGAUGUAGCGCAACUUCUUCUUUCACGGGGCAGCGACGCAUUCAAGCGAGGCUCGUUGAACGCAUCUUCUGCGGAAUGGAAAAGCCGACAAACUACGUGUGUCAUCUGCGCGUGCGCGAGGGGAGAGCGGGUCGCCCCGUUGAUUGAAAGGCAGUUGUGUGUAAAAUGAAACACGCAAGGUGUUCCGUGAUCGGGAUCGUCGGCACGAACGAGCGCGAGCAUGAACAACGCUACAGCGGACGCAGGCGGCGGAGAAAAUGAGAUGGGGGGCGAGGCCCCAGGUCCAGAUGGUAGUCCUCCGUGCCCCACCCUGGCCAGCAUCCAGAGGGCAUACGAGGCGGGCCAAGAGGAAACGGCAAGGGACUUGAUCAGGCAGGCCGCCUGUGUGCGGUGCAGCGGCACGGUGGCCAAUUGUGUCCACGUCGACGGUGUUCUGCGCGUGGUGUCCCAGUAUGGCGAUGCUCGGAGUGUUCGUUACCUCCUGCAGGAAGCCGAAGUCCGGGUUCCGACAGAAGUGUCGGACCAGAACCCGGCCGUAGUGGCGGCCCACUCUGGACACAGCGCUGUCCUAAGAAUUCUGCUGGACGCCAUACCAGGUGUACGUCAGAGGAGGGACCUCUUGAACCUCCUGUUGUCCACUUCCUGUCAGCGUGGUCAUGUGGACUCUGUCCGCCUUCUGGUUCAGGACUACGGCGCUGAUGCCAAAGACAGCAACGCCAGCCACAGCGACCGCUUCACCGUCAUCAGCGCUCUGCCGCUCUACGCCGCAGUGCAAGCAGGCAGCGAGGAGCUUGCUGACUUUCUGCUGCAGAACGGUGCCGGUUUGUCGUCCUACACGCUGAUGGACCAUCCUGACUUAAGCACACGACUUCUCACAAGAAGGCUGGAACACAGCACGCAAGACGGGCAGCAGGUAGUGAGCGUGCGCUGGAGCGGCCUGUCUCUUCCGUGGUUGGAGGUUUCCUGGCUCGUGGGUGUGUCCUGUCUGGUCACACAUUUGGAUUUGUCGCAUAACAAUUUGUCGUCGCUGCCGUCCGUCCUUCCCUGGGGUCUGCUGUGUCUCAAGACCUUGGACCUGUCCCACAACCGUCUGGGUCAGCUGCCCCCCACCGCAGCCGCACAGGAAGUCAUCUGCACCAGGUUGUGCGAGGUGAACGUGCGUGGGAACCAACUGAGCGUGUUGCCAGCGGGUCUGCUCCACCUGCGCGACCUCAAGAAACUCUGCGCCUCCAAAAACCAGCUGACGACCUUGUUUGACAUGCCGCCACCAAGCGCCUGGACGGGCCUGCGUAAGCUGGAGGACUUGGACGUGUCCGACAACCGUUUGAGCGCGCUGCCGGCCGACGUCAUGCGCGCGCUCAAGUCCCUGCGACGCCUCGACGUGUCCCGGAAUCGGCUGGGCAGCUUUCCGGACUGCUGGGCCUGCCCCCUGAACCAGUACAGAGCGUCGUGCAAUAAGAUGAGCGGUCUACCGGACAACAUCUCCGUCUUCUGGAAGAAUCACCUGCACGACGUCGACUUCUCCGACAACCUCCUCGAACAUCUGCCCUCGAGCCUCUUUCGACUGGAGGCUCUGCUUUCGCUGAAAUUGUGCGGGAAUGUCAUCCGGACUCUGCCUCCGCCGUCCGAGUGGACCUGCUCUCAGCUCAGGACGCUGGACCUGUCCAGGAACCUGCUGGGAAAGAGUGAAGAAGGCCCCAAGUCCAGAAAACUUUCCUUCUUGACCACAUGGAGCAAAAAAGAUCCCGAUCCAGGUAUCUCCCAUCAAGGACCUUUCGCUUUCUUACCUUCGCUGAGUACUGACCCGCUUCUCGGUUCUUCCCGAGCAGGGUGUCCCGUGGAGUUCCCGGCGGUUCUGCGAGAUUCACUAGAGGUUCUGUACUUGAACAACAACCAUCUAGAGUGCGUCCCGCCUUCUGUGUGCGCUCUGAGUUGCCUCAGCGAACUCUACCUGGCCAAUAACCCUGGCAUCCGGGAGCUCCCAUCAGAACUUGCUGGACUGAGCAACCUGUGGCAGCUGGACAUCGAAAACCUCAACAUCAGCAACGUGCCUCAAGAAGUCAGGAGAGAAGGUUCACCGUCGGUGCUGGCCUUCCUGCGCGCGCACCUUCGCAGGGCGAUGCCGUGUCGCCUGCUGAAGAUGCUGCUGAUCGGUCCGCCGCGCCAGGGCAAGUCUUCCCUCCUGAGGGCGCUGCAGACGGGGAAAGCGUCGCCGCCGUUCACGCCGGCCGCCGAAUGCAGCGUUUCGACAUCCACCUGGGAGAUGGAGUGCAGCAGCAACGCUGCCGGAAAGAACAACAGGAACUCGUCGUUGGCGUUGAACGUGUGGGACGUCGGCGGCCCGUCCAGCAUGUCGGCCCUCACGCAAUGUUUCUUCACGGACAGCGCCCUCUACGUGCUCACGUGGAACCUGACGCUGGGCGAGGAGGCCGUCGCCAGCCUGCAGACGUGGCUGCUCAACAUCGAGGCCCGGGCGCCCAACUCUGCGGUCGUGGUGGUCGGAACCCAUCUGGAUCUGAUCGACACCAAGUUCCGCACGGAGCGGCUCGCCACGCUGAGGGCUUACAUCCUGGCGCUGUGCCGCACGCCCUCGGGCGCCCGUGCCGGCGGGUACCCCGACGUCGCCUUCGGACAUCUGCGCGAGGUGUCGUGUAAGACGUUGGAGGGCGUGGACGGCCUGAAGAAGCUCAUCCGGCAGGUGGCGCUCUCCAUGAAGGACGGCCGCGCCUCAGCCUGCGGAGGAAAGCUGCUGGGCAGGAUGAUCCCUCGCAGCUACGUGACGCUGCAGGAGGCGGCGGCCGCCGAGAAGCGAAGACGUCACGCCGAGGAGGAAGUUCAGUUCCUGACGCAGGCUCAGCUGGAGAGCAUGGCGGAGCGCCACGCGGGAAGCGACAUCGCGGACUACGAUGACCUGCCGUCCGCCGUCAAGUUCCUGAUGGAGACGGGCACGCUGCUCCACUUCCCGGACACCAGCCGCGGCCUGUGCACGCUCUACUUCCUGUGUCCCGAGUGGCUGGCCGAGUGCCUGCAGAGGAUCGUGCGCCUGGAGUCCUCGCGCUCCCUGGCCAGAAACGGCGUCAUCCGGGCCCAAGACCUCCGGAUGCUGCUGGUCGGGACCGGAUUCACCCGCGACACUGAGGAGCAGUACUUCCAGUUCCUCGCCAAGUUUGAGAUCGCACUUCCCGUCGCCAACAACAGCUACCUGCUGCCUCACCUGCUGCCCGCCAAGCCCGGCGUGGACAUCCACUGCUUCCGGCAGCCGAGCGCCAACACGCUAGAGCGACUCUUCAAGAUGAGCUUCGUGCCGGUCGGAUUCUGGGAACGCUUCAUCGCCAGGAUGCUCAUCAGUCUGACUGACAUGGACCUGCAGUCGUCAGAUGCCAAACGCGGCGCUGGCCCUCGCCGCGCCCGGACGUCGUUCUACAACUUGGGAGGAAGCGGACCGAAGAACCGCUGCAGCACUUUCCGAGUGCGCCGCCGUCAGACGGUCUACUGGAGAGAGGGGCUGCUGGUCACCUUCGAAGGAGGUUACCUCAGCGUGGAAUCGACGGACGUCAACUGGAAGAAGAAGAAGAGCGGCGGCGUCAAGGUGGUCUGCCGGUCGGAGAGCAGGGACUUCUCGGCCGCGGCCUUCGUCACGGACCACGUCAACGCGCUCGUGGAGCAGUGGUUUCCGGCGCUGACGGCCAGCGAGAGCGACGGCACCCCGCUCCUGGAGCGCUACGCCCCCUGCCCGCUCUGCGCCGCCCGGCUCCAGCAGAGCGGCACGCGGGCGCCGGACGACGGCGACGGGGGCGGGGUUCACCUGUUCGACGUGGAGGAGUGCGCGCUGGCCGCGGCGGAGGGCGACAGCAUCGCGUGUCCCGAACACCCCCGGCACGCGGUCCCGCUCCGGGAGCUGGUACCGGAACUCUUCAUGACCGACUUCCCCGCACGGCUCUUCCUGGAGAAGGAGCAUCUGGAAUAUUCCGAGGACGAGUCCAGCGUCAUCGGUCAGGGCGGCAGCGGCACCGUGGUCUACCGCGCUCGCUACCGGCAGCGGCCGGUCGCCAUCAAGCGCUUUCGCCUGCGGAAGUGCCGGCAGAAUGCGCCCUCCGCAGACGCAGACACGAUGAUGAAGCGCCUUCAGUCGGCGGCGGCGUGUCGCUGCUUCUCCGAGUUCCGUCAGGAGGCGGCCGCGUUGCACUCGCUGCGGCACCCGUGCGUGGUGGCCCUGGUGGGCGUGUCCAUACACCCGCUGCGCCUGGCGCUGGAGCUGGCGCCGCUCGGCAGCCUCAACAACGUCCUGGAGGAGAAACGCCAAGGCGGCGGAUACGUGCCCCUCGGUCACAUGAUCACCUACAAGAUGGCCUAUCAAGUGGCGGCCGGGCUGACCUACCUGCACAGGAAGAACGUCAUCUUCUGCGACCUCAAGUCGGACAACAUCCUCGUCUGGUCCCUGCAGGAGCAGCACGCGGUGAACGUGAAGCUGUCCGACUACGGCGUGUGUCGUCGGUCUUUCCACGAGGGGGCCCUCGGGGUGGAGGGGACGCCGGGGUACCAGGCGCCCGAGGUCAGACCCGGCAUCGUUUACGACGAGAAGGUGGACAUGUUCUCGUACGCGAUGGUCACGUACGAGCUUCUGUCGGGCCGCCGUCCGUCCGUGGGCCACCGUCGCCUCCCCAAGACGGCGGCCGCCCGCGGCGUCCGUCCGCCGCUGGCGGGUCCGCAGGAAGUGGGCUUCUACUUCCUGCAGCGCCUGAUGACGCAGUGCUGGGACACUAAACCCGAGAAGCGCCCGACGGCGUCCGAGUGUGUGCGGCGCAUGAUGGAUCCCAGCUUUGCGUGUCUGCGUUACGUGUUGCCGUGCGGCGCCGACUCGCAGCUCUUCCUGCCGCCACCAGGGGGACAACACGUCGUCUUGUGGGAAGGAGACGCGGCCGACAGGCGUUACAGUGUUGUGAACGUGCACAAAGGUCAGCUGGAGGUCAACAAGAAGUCGUGUCCCGGAAGCAGAGUCAGCUGCCACGUGAAGAUGGGCAACACGCUGUGGCUGGCCACGCACGAACAGGAAGUGCUGGUGUACGUCCUGAAGGACAUGUGUCCUCUUACGCGACCUCACAAACAUUUGUCGUGUCCUGCCGUCAUCACCUGCUUCCUCAAACUCCCGGGCGCGUGCGGUGUGUUCGCGGGCACGUCGGACGGCCAGGUGGCGCUGUACGGCGCGGAGGAGGCGGGGCUUCCCGUGGAGGACCACGCCCCCUCGGCUUUGAUUGCCGGCGACCCCGGGCAGAGGCCCGCCCCCGUCACCUGCAUGCUUCUCAUUGGCUGCGGACGACAGCUGUGGCUGUCCAGCGGUCCCGGCGUGCUGGUGGUGGACCGCGCCAGCCUGUCCCCGGUCCGCAGACUGGACCCGUACGUCUUUCCGUCCUCGGUGGUCUCCAUGGCGACGGGCUUCGGCGUGCGGGGGGAGGAGUCCGUGUGGACCCUGGAUGACGUCACCGACACGCUCGUACUCUUCCACGCCGCAUCGUUCGAGUUGUGCGCCAAGUACACCUGCGGCGACCGCAGUCCUCUCCGCGACGUCUUCCCGAUCCGCCGUCCCACGGCGCUCGGCGCCGACGUGGAGGAGGAGGAGGAGGAGGAGGAGGAAGCCGAGCUCGCCGACGGCGCCGUGACGGUGGCCGACAGCGAGGAGGCGGGGACUCAGAUCGUCCGACACCGGGAUUCGCCGACGGACGGUUCCGCGUCGUCGGAGGAGAACGCCGACGUCGGCGUCGCGCAGCCGUCUUUGGAGCGGGAGGACGCCGAAGACGGACGGUGCGGCGCCGCAGAGUCCUCGCCGCCGUCUCUGCGGGCCCUCAAGCUUCUGAUGGUGAACGACAUCCUUUGGGUCUUCAGGCGCGGCGGAGACGUCCUGCUGAUCCACGUCGAGCCGCACGGCGAGCAAACGAGGGGUCGGGUCGGCGCCGUACUACGCCCUCCUUCGGAACACGCCUUGGGGACGCCGGUGGAGGCGGGGCUCGUGGGCAAGGACGCGGUGGUGUGCGGCUUCCGGGGCGUGCCCUCGUCGUCCGGCGUCAGCGUGUGCGUGUGGCGCGCCUGGGACGCGGCGCGCCUGGACGUGUUCUACCGCAGUGCCGAGGACCUGGCCCGCUUGGACGGCGGCGUGCGGCGCCGCCGGUAGUAGCCCGUCGGGAAGAGGCGACCCGAACCCGACCGGAUUGCGAUACGUUCCCGCCUAUCCUGAACUCAUAUUGUCGCGUUAGCGUCAACAUUUUCCGAUUCCAAGUCAAUUCCUUUACCGUCAUGAAAGCGUGUUUGGGACAGCGCUAUCAUGCUAACGCCAUGUACAAACUCUUGGAAAUCGUCUUUUACGGCCUUGAAUUGUACGUGCGUACUUGGGACUGUUAAAGUGCAUCGUGGACAAUUUGCCUUCUGA